GGGCUCAGGGCGCAGGCGCGGUGGCGGCGGUGACUGUGACGGUGACUGUGACGGAGGAUAAAUUAAGAAAUGGCAGAAGCAGUUUUUCACCCCCCGAGAAGGAAAAGAAGAGUUUUUGAGUCGUAUGAAGCUCCCUUUCCUGUGGAUGUGGGGGGGAAGGAUUUCAGACUGUGCCAGGCUGAGAUCAUUAACAACAAUGUGAUCGUGAGGAACCCCGAGGAUAUUGAACAGCUCUACAACAAGGGCUAUUUUGGAAAAGGGAUCCUGUCCAGGAGCAGGCCAGUGUUCAGCAUUUCAGAUCCUCUGCUGGAGGCCAAGUGGAGAGGUGUUAACACAAACAUGCCCAUAAUUACAUCUCAAAAGUACCAGCGCCGUGUGCAGUGGGCUAAGAGUGUCCUGCAGGAGCAGGGCCUCGACGACUGCUCCGUCACCAAAAUCCUGGAGAAUUACACCAAACCCCUGGGGCUGCCCUUCUCCAGAGGGGAUGGGGCUGAACAAACUGGGGACAGCUGCACCACAGGGGGCCCAAAGCCAGGAAAUGCAGAACUGAGCUGGAAAUCUGCUGGCAGUGAAGGAGCCCAAAGCCCUGAGGGUCAGAACGGGCGCUACGAGGGAGGGGAUGCAGCCGUGGGUCCUGGCAGUGGCUCCAGGGAGCAGGAACAGGGGGAUUCCAGGGAAAUGGCUGAAGGCUCCUGCCACAGGGACCCUCCUGUGCUCUGUGGCUGCGAGGUGAAGCAGAGCCCUGAGCAGAGGGCUUGGGAGGGGAUGGACUCAAGGGAAUGUGCUCCAGAAUAUGUGCUGGUGCAAGACGAGGAAGAAGGAAGCUCCUGUCCUGAUGAUGAUUCCAUUCAUGCACAAGAGAAUCUUGUCAAGAAGGAAGUGUUAGUGUGCAGAAAAAACCCAUUUAGGAUUUUUGAGUACUUACAACUCAGCUUGGAAGAGGCUUUUUUCUUGGUGUAUGCUCUGGGAUGUUUAAGUAUUUAUUAUGGUGAGGAGCCCCUGAGCAUCGUGAAGCUGUGGGAAGUGUUCAGUGAGGUGAAGCCUGAUUUCAAAACCACCUACAUGGCCUACCACUACUUCAGGGGCAAGGGCUGGGUGCCCAAGGUGGGGCUGAAGUAUGGCACAGAUCUCUUGCUGUAUCGAAAAGGGCCCCCCUUCUACCAUGCCAGUUACUCUGUCAUUGCUGAGUUGGUGGAUGAUAAUUUUGAAGGUUCCCUUCGCAGACCCUUCAGCUGGAUGUCCCUGUCUGGGCUGAACAGAACAACUGCAAAUGCUUCUAAGGAGCUCAUGCUGUGCUAUUUGAUCAGACCUUCUGACAUGACUGCAGAGGAGAUGUCAACCCCAGAGUGCAUGAAGAGAAUCAAGGUUCAGGAGCUGAUUGUGACUCGUUGGGUUUCCUCCCGUGAACGCAGUGAGCAGGAUGAAUUUUAACUGACUGCACAAGAAAACCCCACUUUAAAAAGCACUUCUUGUUGAUUUUACCUGAUCCUGGGAUGAACUGUUGCCUCAGUACAUUUCCUACCAACAUACUCACUUGGUGGGUAUAAAUGCUGUUUAAAAUGAGGUGUAUCAUGUUCACUGGAGAGAAUGUUUUACUGUAAAAUGUAACUGAACAGACGAAAGGGAAAAAAUUAAAGCUGUGUCCCAACUCAAAAUGUAAAAUAAAAGAUAGAAAGGUG